UAGCUUUCGGGCGCUUUGCGAGCUAGAUUUCCAAGAGCUACGCUUACACAGAGCCGUGAGUUAUAAGACCAAAAAAGUGCCAAGUUUUUUAAGUAGUCAUUUUAAAACAAACGCGCGCGUUUACCGACUCCGCACGAGGAACUUAUACAGAAUUGCAUAUCCGUCGCCAAAGGGGUAUAUCGAUAUUAGCGCGUCGGAAGGAUCCUCGAAUCUGCAAAACGUGCCUCUAAAGUUAUUCCCUCGGACUGCGAAAUUUUUACGAAUUUAAAUCUCCGAGAUAUCCACUUUACUUUUAAACACGACACAGAGUCCGAACGAGAGCCAUUUUAUUUUCGUUUAUUAUCGCCUUUGCGGCUUCUCGAUAAGAAUAAUUUCUCGACGCGACUGUGCCUAAAUGUAACUACGAGAAAACUUCGAAGUGGCAGUUUUUGUGUUCUCAGUUCAUCACGGUUUUCAUUGUUCUCUUUCUUCAAAGAGACUACGACAUUAUUACUCUGUUCCGUAUAUAUUCUGGAAAGCGCCACGCCUCGUACCUAUUCCAGGAACGAACGGAGCAGAUCGCGCAUCCUUAAGCAAGAAGCUCGACCGAAAGUUUACAAAACUGAAGAAUCAUGUCGGCCGCUGUCAUGAGCAACCCCAUGUUUGACUGUAGCGAUCAUCUCUUCAAGGUGAAACUCGCCACGAGAUCCUACAGCGCGCCGGCUGUUAAAAUGUAUAUAGAUGGACAAUUCGUGGAUUCCAAAACUACGGAAUUUACUGACGUUCAUGAUCCAGCGACCAAUGAAGUUAUUUCACGAACGCCAAAAUCAACCAGGGAGGAAAUGGAACGCGCUGUAGAUAGUGCUAAGGCAGCUUAUGAGAAAUGGCGGCAUACCAGUGUUCUCACUAGACAACAUUUAAUGUUAAAGUAUCAGGCGUUAAUUCGUGAGCAUUCGAAAGAAAUUGCCGAAAAUAUUGUCCGUGAGAAUGGAAAGACCAUGGCGGAUGCCGAGGGAGACGUCCUCAGGGGUUUACAGGUUGUCGAUGCGUGCACAUCGAUACCAACUUUACAAAUGGGAGAAACCACAGCAAAUGUCGCAACUGAUAUGGAUAUAAUUUCAUACAAGGUUCCAUUAGGAAUAACAGCAUCGAUUUGUCCUUUUAAUUUUCCAGCAAUGAUUCCUCUUUGGUCAUUUCCUAUAUCCGUAGCCUGUGGUAACGCCACCGUUUUGAAACCGUCUGAAAGGGUACCAGGAGCUUCCCUCAUCUUGGCUGAUCUCUUCGCGAAGGCUGGUGCUCCACCGGGACUUCUAAAUGUUAUUCACGGCCAGCACGAAUCUGUUGAUUUUAUAUGCGAGCAUCCUGAUAUCAAGGCAGUAUCAUUCGUAGGCUCGGAUCAGGCUGGUAAAUAUAUCUACAAGCAAAGCAGUGCUCACGGGAAGCGUGUACAGUGCAACAUGGGUGCAAAGAAUCAUUGUGUCGUGAUGCCAGACGCAAAUAAAAACAAGACCAUAUCUCAAAUUGCUGGGGCAGCCUUUGGCGCGGCGGGUCAAAGGUGCAUGGCAUUGUCGGUCGCCAUUUUUGUUGGGAAAUCCAAAGAAUGGAUCAAGGACAUAGCUGAAGCUGCCAAAAGGUUGAAAGUCAAUGCUGGUCAUGUACCUGGAACUGAUCUUGGUCCAGUUAUCUCACCCCAGUCUAAGAAGAGGAUUCAUGAACUUGUGGAGUCUGGUGUUAAGGAUGGUGCCGAUCUGGUAUUAGAUGGUAGAGACAUCGUCGUACCUGGGUACGAAAAUGGAAACUUCGUAGGACCUACAGUCUUAUCUUCUGUCAAGACACACAUGAGGUGCUAUACUGAAGAAAUUUUUGGACCGGUUCUUGUGUGCCUUGACGUAAACACUUUGGAGGAAGCCAUUGAACUCAUCAAUAAAAACCAAUAUGGCAAUGGAACUGCGAUAUUCACUACUAACGGUGCCACAGCACGAGCUUUUACCAAUAGAAUAGAGGCAGGUCAGGUCGGAAUCAACGUACCUAUUCCGGUGCCAUUGCCAAUGUUCAGUUUCACUGGAAAUAAAGGAUCGUUUUUGGGCGAUAAUCAUUUUUAUGGAAAAUACGGUGUCAAUUUCCAUACUCAGACCAAGACUAUAACUCAACUAUGGCGAUCUGGAGACGUUACUGAUAUAAGUUCCUCGACGGCCAUGCCUACCAUGCAGUAAUAAAUAAUCCUGGUGCGAUUUUACGCAAUAUACCGAAAUAUGACUCGACGCUAAGUUUAUUGAACCAAAGUUAUAUUAACGAUAGACUCUUGCGAAAUUCUAUUCUCUGCAACAUCCCAUUACAGUCUUCCAUUUUUUUAGGAUUUAGUACACAGACUAGUCUAUUUUUGUUAGAGCGUAUCACAUAUUUUUAUAUUGAAAAUAAAUCCGGUUUCGUUAAU